CUGUUCCUGUAACCAUUAUGACUUUGCAAAAAUUUGAAGGCCGUUAACUGUUUUAUUUUAUUUUUUUUAAAAAGGCGUCUUUACAACUCAUCCUUCCUGGACUGAUUAUAUUAGCAGCAGACACGAGAAGACGUCCUGAAAUUAAAACUUAAUGUAUACAGCUGUAUAGUUGUAGGUACUGGUGACGCAUAUGACCCACUGACUUUUAUAUACAGUCACUGAUAUGACCUCAACAAACAUUUAAUUCUCCCAGCAUGCAAUUCCUCCUCCAUCUGUUUCACUUUCACUUGCUGACGCUGCGUGCACAAGACGACACGGUGAGAGGAUUUCCUGCUUACGUUGCCACCAUGUUAGCAGCUCCUCUCCUGCUGCUGCUUGUUUCCUUUUCUCCCUCAUCAGGAGCGCAGCUGCCAGAUAAAAGCCAAGGUAAGGAGACCCCUGUAGCCACCAAUGGCCAGCCGUUCCCCUGGGACCGCAUGAGGCUUCCCAAAACCGUCUUCCCCCUCCACUAUGACCUGACCAUUCAUCCCAACCUCACCACCCUCGACUUUACCGGCGUCGCCCGUAUCCAGCUGGAUGUGCGGGAAGACACCAGCACCGUUGUUCUCCAUGCCAAGCAGAUGCAGAUAUCCAAUGUGCUGCUCCUGGCACCUGAAGGUGUGAGACCUCUCCAGGUUUUGGAGUAUCCUCGUUUCCACCAGCUCGCCUUGCUGUCAGACAAGGUGUUGACCAAGGGUAGGAAGUACGAAAUUCAGCUGGAGUUUGCUGCCAACUUGUCUGACAGCUAUCAUGGUUUCUACAAGAGCAGCUACCGCACCAGCAGUGGAGAAGUCCGGUUUCUGGCGUCCACGCAGUUUGAAGCGACCUUUGCCCGAGGAGCAUUCCCCUGUUUUGACGAGCCUGCCUUCAAGGCCAACUACACCAUCCGGAUUAUACGAGAGCCACGCCACAUAGCCAUAUCCAACAUGCCCAAGGUGAAAACAGUGGAGUUGCCGGGUAAUUUACUCGAGGAUCACUUUGACACGACUGUAAAGAUGAGCACGUACUUGGUGGCCUAUAUUGUGUCUGACUUCCUGUCUGUGAGCAAGACCACCCAGCACGGUGUCAAGAUUUCAGUCUAUGCUGUACCUGAGAAGAUCGACCAGACAGCCUAUGCUCUGGAUGCUGCCGUCAAGCUGUUGGACUUCUACGAUGACUACUUUGAUAUUCCCUACCCACUACCCAAACAGGAUCUGGCUGCUAUCCCCGACUUCCAGUCAGGUGCGAUGGAGAACUGGGGGCUGACCACCUACAGAGAGUCGGGUCUUCUGUUCGACCCUGACAAGUCCUCAGCUUCAGACAAACUGGGUAUCACCAAGGUUAUCGCCCAUGAGCUCGCCCACCAGUGGUUUGGGAACUUGGUGACGAUGGAGUGGUGGAAUGACUUGUGGCUCAACGAGGGUUUUGCCAAGUUCAUGGAGUUUAUUUCUCUUGACAUCACCUACCCUGAGCUGCACGUGGAUGACUUCUUUUUGGGAAAGUGUUUUGAGGCCAUGGAGGUAGAUGGCCUCAGCUCCUCCCACCCAAUCUCCACUCCUGUGGAAAACCCCACACAGAUCCAGGAGAUGUUCGACGAUGUGUCGUACGACAAGGGGGCAUGUGUUCUGAAUAUGCUACGAGAUUUCCUGACACCUGAGGCCUUCGAGAUCGGCAUUAUCCGAUACCUCAAGCGCUACAGCUACCAAAACACUGUCAACAGCCACCUGUGGGAGAGCCUGACUAAUAUUUGCAACUCAGAUGAUCUGGAUGAAGGCGGAAUGAAACACAAAGAAUUCUGCUCCAAACGCAACCGUCAUUCUGGAGCCUCUAAAUGGUUCUCUGGUGAUGAGCUGGAUGUCCGGGCCAUCAUGGACACUUGGACACUGCAGGAGGGAUUUCCGCUGGUCACUGUGGACGUCAGAGGUCGUGAGGUUAGGCUCAGUCAGGAGCGUUACCUGAAGACAGACGACCCCUCGCUCACUGAAGGAUUCCUGUGGCAGAUCCCACUAACCUACAUGACCAGUGCCUCCAGCACCAUCCACCGCUUCCUGCUUAAGACAAAGACAGACGUCCUGUACCUACCAGAGGAAGUGGACUGGGUGAAGUUCAACGUGGACAUGAGCGGCUACUACAUGGUCCACUAUGAAGGCGAGGGGUGGAACUCUAUCAUCAAACUGCUGAAAAACAACCACACAGCCCUCAGCAGCAAUGACCGUGCCAGCCUCAUCCAAAAUGUCUUCCAGCUGGUCAGUAUCGGGAAGGUGAGGCUGGACACGGCUCUGGAGUUGUCCCUGUACCUGUCCAGAGAGACUGAAAUCAUGCCUGUUACUCAGGGCUUUGGAGAGCUUGUACCUCUCUACAAACUGAUGGAGAAGAGAGACAUGGCGGCUCUGGAGAACCAGAUGAAGGAUUACAUUGUGGAUCUGUUCCGGGGUUUGAUUGACCAGCAGAAGUGGUCCGACUCUGGUUCAGUGUCAGAGCGAGUGCUGAGGAGCUACCUGCUGCUGUUCGCCUGCGUCAGGAACUACGCUCCCUGUGUGACCAAAGCCACCCAGCUCUUUAACAAGUGGAAGGACUCUGAUGGCACCAUGAGCCUCCCUGUUGACAUCACCAUGGCUGUGUUUGUUAUUGGGGCUCGAACACCAGAGGGGUGGGACUUCCUGUUUGAGAAGUACCGCUCUUCGCUCCAAAUGUCUGUCAAGAGCCGCUUGAAGAUUGCGAUGACAGUCAGCCCAAUGCAGCACAAACUCAAAUGGAUGAUGGAGCAGAGUCUUCUUGGUGAGGUGAUGAAGACUCAGGACCUCCCGGAUGUCGUCGUCUCUGUCAGCAAGAACCCCCACGGCUACAAACUAGGAUGGGACUUCCUGCGGGCCAACUGGCAUACCAUGAUCAAGAAGUUUGACCUGGGCUCCCACUCCAUAGCAUACUUGGUGACUGGGGUGACCAAUCAGUACUCUACCAGGGAGAAGCUGGAUGAGAUAAAAAGCUUCUUCAGCUCUCUGACUGAAGAGACAGGCUCAGAGAUGAGAUGCAUCCAGCAGACCUACGAGACCAUCGAGGAUAACAUCCGCUGGAUGGACACCAACCUUCCUCUGCUGCAGGCCUGGCUGAACAAACGCAACCACAGAGUUGUACAUGUUGAUUUAUAGCUCCAGGGUAAAAAAGUUUAGAGCUAUGUCGCUAAAGGCAGACAAUACCAGAGGUGUGGACUCAGGUCACAUGACUCCAGUGAAAAUCACAAAGUCACAACAAUCACAAAUGAAAUCACAAAUUUGAUGACUUCAUACUCAAAAUCAAAAAAGCCUUGCAAUUCAAUUUAACACCAGUAACCUCUGAUUUACCCUCCCCAAACACAAAGAUAGCAAAACAAACAAAAAAAAGAAUUUACUCAAACAAGAAUUACUAUGCUUUGGAUGCUGUGUCAUUUAAAUGCGUAUUAUUAGUUACCCUAAAACUGACUGUCCUGACUUGGGACUGACGUACAAUAUUUGAGACUUCUUGAGACUUACUUGUGACUUUCUUCCACCUUGGUAAAACUACAGCAUUAAACUAAAUGCUGUUUUUUUUCCAGACUCCAGAAGAUCCAAAUAGUCACUAUAGAUUUCCUCAGUAUGUGAAAAUAGCCUUAAGGAAUGCCUUAAAGAACCUCCAUGUGGUAGUAUAGGUUUGUGAAAUUGUGAAUUAUGGCAAAGGGUUCUUGAUGGAACCUCUUGGGUUCCCUUAUUGGUGUUGUCCGAGGAAGUCGUUAAUGUUUUUUCAAUGGUUUUUUUUGGAGCAUAGUUUCCUAAUGAAAGUGCUCCGCAAUAGACAGGAAUAGCCUGAACAUUUUUUGCUCAGACCUGUCUGUGUGUAUCUACUGUAUGUGUUUGUGUGCAUGUGUUUAACAUGCAUAUCUGUUAAAGUGUGUGUGUGUGUUUGUGUGUGUGUGUGUGUGUGUGUGUUUUUAUAUGCUUGCGCAUAUGUGUUAUGACUGUAAUGUGAUGACUGCAGUGCCAGACAUUGUAGAAGUUCCCACUUUUUGUGAACUACAUUUUCGUUCAUCCUGCUUUACUGCAGACAGUAACAACUUAAGUAUUGUACAGUUUUGUACAAACAGUAAAUGUUGCACAAAAGAAACAAAAGAAAAUGCACUGCACAUCAGAUAUCUAACUUUUCUCAAAUAUUUAGGUACCAGACCGUUAACCAAGUAAAACAUGAAAAACAAAACCACAAAGAUUGGACACUACUGCCUCCAGCCUUCAUGUAAAAAAUAAUGUGGGAAUAUCUACAAUGUCUACACCUGAAUGAAUUCUUUCUCUGGAAGGCAGCUAGGAAAAGAAAGAGGCACCUAAAUGCACUUAUAUUUUUGUGUGGUUCAAGGGUUGUUAUAGAAAUUGACUUAAAUAUUUUUAAAACUCAAGAGCACAGUGUUGCUCUUGCACAGGUCAGAUACUAUUUUUACACUGUUAGCUUGAUUUUCCAAUGUGGCAACAUGAAAAAAAAAUUACUACUACUGAUCCUUCUAGGCAACAUUUUAAAUUAAAUUCUCUUAUAAAUUACACAAGAAAGUGUACUGUAAAUAAUGAAUUGUUUAAUAGUUGUCCUGUAACAUCCCUCCUUUGUACAGGAUUCACAACAAUUCUGUUUUUUUUUCCUUAAGGAUUAAAUGUUGUUUUGAAUAAAAUUCAGCUUGUUAAAUA